AGUAGCACCGCUAUUGUUGUUUUCGUAACUGUCAUGGCGUCGGAAGGUAGAAAAUUAUGCUGAAAUCUCGAUUAAAGCAGCAAAUAGUGCACAUUUUUCAUCGAAGUUGCGUUGAAAUUUUAACCGAGUAAAUCAACGUUCGAUGGUGAUGCAUGCCGCGAAAUAUCCGCGGUUAGAAGUUGGAUAUACUGGACAUGUUGAGAAACCGCGGGCCCACCGAUGCGAUAAUAACGAUCGGUACGGUUCGGAGAAGUCGCACAAUCGAUUAGAAGCCUCUUACAAAGGAGAACUCGAAAAAAGUCCAAGAUAUCCUAGCAAAAGUCGAGAUACUCGAUCACAUAAAGGUGAAAGAAAUAGAACAAAUCAUGUACAUUCAAGAAACAGUGAAAAAACACGAUCGGAUAAGGAAUCACAAUUUCGGUCCAGAGACGAACCAGAGCCUGAAAAAAGAAGGGAUGACCAACGACGAAAAAUAAAAGACGAUUCUAGAAGAGUUGCUAUUCGUUAUUGCGGUGACUGGACUGAGCAGAGAAGUAGCACAAGUAAUAGAAUAUACUACUUCAAUACCGCUACUGAAGAAUCACGUUGGGAGAAACCACCAGAGUGGGAGGAUUCACGAGCCAAAGUUCCUGAUCAUUCCACAUCUUCUUCUAUGCCACAUCGCCGACAUAAUUCACAAUCAUCAAAUAGACCAUAUGAACGCCCAUCAUCCUCCGCAUCUGCUAAUCAUCAGAAAUCUUGGCAUGAAUCGUCUCGUGAUACUCGCCAUUCAUCUACCAGACCUGCAGACUAUCAUCGGACAAGUAAUGGACCCAGACGUCCCAUUGAUGAUCGACAUACUUCAUCAUCAAGGAGAGAUUCGUCCUCCAAAGACGCUCGUCAGAACAAUGAACGUUCCGGUAGUAUUACUUCCUCCGGAAAUCGAAAAGACAGGAGAGAAGAAGCUAGUCGAACCCAGGUAACGGAAGUAAAAGAUUUGGGUGAAGACAUGGAAAUCAGUCCAACAUCAUCCCCAUGUUCAUCAACUCAUUCGUCGCCUUCAAUAAAAGGAAAGCAAAAUUCGAAAGCUAUGGUUGAAGUUUUAAAAAACAUACAAGAAGCAUUAACCAAAAAAUCAAUUAUUGGUAAAAAAAUAUGUCCAACCGAUGGAGGGUCCAAUGGUAGAAUUCCUACUGCCAACAACGAUGAAGAUCCAGACGACGACUAUGAGAGUCCAGAAGAUGGUUCAGAUCAAGAUUCCCGAACGAGUAGUGUUCCACCAGAAACACCAGAAGACAUGAAUAUUGUAGACAAGCUUAAUAGUCAAUUACCGCCGUCAACAGGCUCCUUAUCCAAACUCAAACCACGAUCAAGGGAUACAGUGCCGACUCUUCCGCCCAGCUUAGCCGAUUAUUACGAUGAAUCCUUAAUUGGACAUGUAAAAAGUUGGCCAUCCGAACUAGCCGAGACCGAAACUUGGAAGUUGGGAGGUGAAUUGCUUCAAUUAAAGGCCUCAAAUAGCCAAGUGUCUGUCGAUUUGAAACGAUACCGUAGUGCGGUGAGACUCGCAAACGUUCAAGCAACGCUGAAAGAACAAAGAAUAAUCUUUCUGCAAAAAUUACAAAAGAAUAUUGAAGAGUCAAAACCGGCACGGCAUUUUCAAGACGAUUGCGUGUCUUAGCACAUGUUACAAAAUUCAGAAAGAUGUGCUUGUGAUUUGUACAAAAAUGUUUUUGCCGGUUUAUUUUUGUUUAAUGUAUUUUUUUUAAGUGUACAGGUUCCGUUUGUUUCUAAGAUAUGUAUUUAGAACUAUAUCAUAUGCAAUUUUUGAAAAAAAACUCUAGUAAAACAUUCAAACAAGUAAUUUAUUUUUAAACCUUUUCAACA